AUGGAAACAUUGCCGUCAGAGAUCAUCACUCAAAUACUGGAAUACUUGCCAUUUGAUGAUCGACGAGAACUGGCUAGAGUCAAUAAAGUGUUUUAUCAUGCUUCAUCUCACCCAGUAUUCUUAAGAAAAGAGUUACUUCAUUAUCAUCCAUAUCUGGAUAACUUUAACAAUUUCAAAAAUAUGUUGUUGAAAUCAAGAAGAAAAUUUUUAUGUUUAAAAAUAUCUGGUUAUAUAACUUUUAUAGACUAUUUAACCAUUUUCACAAACUUAGGGAAUCGCAUUAUAUCACUAAAUUUGAUUCAUAUGGAUUUGUUCAAUGAUUCAUUUCUAGAUGCUUUAACACAAUGCUGUAGUAAUCUCGAACAAUUAGAACUUAAAGAUGGGAUGGAUUUGAUUUUAACUGAUAAAGACCGUAAACCAAUGCUCAAAUUGUGCAGUAUAACUUUAAAUAGAAUUCAAAUAUCUGAUAGAGGGUUUAAUCUAAUUUUAAAACUUGCUCCAAAUUUAAAGGAUUUAGGUAUUCUUAAUUGUAGUAUAGUCGAUUUAGAUGGUACAUGUCCAAUCCUAGGAGGUUCCUGGACUCCCUUAAGGUUUUAUCCCGACAACAUUAAUAUUGAUUGUUCAUUUUACAAGUACAAUUCAAAUGAAAUUUUUUCAGAGUAUAAUAUUGUACACCAUCUCAGUAAUUAUGUUCGCUUGAAUAGCCUUAGGUUAAAUCAUGGUACUAGAAUAUUUUAUCAGAUUAAACCCAUACAGUUUCAAUUUAAAUCAUUGUCAUUGAAUUAUAAAUGUCAAUCACUUUACGCUGAGUUCAUCGACUAUGAAAAGUUAAGUUUAGUAUUAGGUCAAUGUGUAUUUUUGGAACAGUUAAAAAUAUAUAACUUACCGGUUGGUAUAUUAUCAAUUGUAUCUAAGCUAUAUAAUCUUCGACACUUAAAAUUAAGUUAUAAUGCUGAUGACUCAAAUUACUCAGAUGCUAGUAAAUACCUUAAAUCAUUAGUGGAAUCGUUAAAAAAUCUGAAGUAUAUCAGCACAUUAUCAUUUAGUAGAGAUCGUGAUUUUAAUGAAGAACUUAUACUUCCAAUAUAUCCGUUUCCAGAAUGCACGUUGAAGUCCCUUACAUCAUUAGACUGUUCUCUUGAUUCAAAUCUAGAAGUACUAAAAUUUGGUAAAAAUUUAACAAAGUUACGAAUAAGAAAUGGUGAUAUUCUUAAAGUCGAAGAUUUACAAAUAUUAUUCAGAAAUUUAACUUAUUUAAAGCAUUUGCGGAUUGAAAAUUGUUCUGUAUUAAAUGAUGAAAUUUUCAUUGACCUGCCAAUAUCUAUUCUGAAAGAAUUGAUUACUUUAAAGAUAAUAUCAUCAAAUAUUUCACACCGAUGCUUGCGACACAUUACAAAUUCAAGACUAAAAGUGUUGACCCUCACUAAUGUAUCAUUAGAACCGUGUUCAACACAGGCAGAAUUCAAUGAAUUUGAACAUAGUGUAGAAAUUUUGAGUCGUGCUAUUCCUAAGUUAACUGAACUUUGUAUUCGUCUAGAUAACAUAAGUAGCCUGACAAUUUGCAACUCAUCCGAUAGUUCAACUUAUUUUUGGAAAAGUUUAAGGCCAUUACUGAAAUCAUAUUUUGAGAGGUUGAAGAUUUUUAAAUUAGAGACAUGUUACAUCAAAUUAAUGUAG